ACGUAAUGAAUUCAAGAUGGCGCUGUUGCGUUGUGUGUUGACGAUUUCGGCCGAUUUAUAAAGUCCUAUUUCUUGACUGUGUGGCUCAACAUCGGCAUAAUUUUAGCACAGAAAGAUCCAAGACUUCAUAUGCAAAUGAAAUAACAUCGAUAUACUGAAAUCAAGACAGAAUGAGUGAAUUAAGUGCCGAAGAAAUACGACGGCGUCGUUUAGCCAGGCUAGGAGCUAGUCCUUCCAUGUCCAGCCAGGGUAGCACAGCAGCAAGUUCAUCACCAUCACAGCCGGAUGAGAUCACUCCACAGAUGCCCAUAGCACAGCCAGAGAAAAAUGAGGAAAAUCCACCUGUAGACUCAGCGCCCAUGGCUUCUCCAGCAACGCCACAGAUUAUGGAGAAACCGACCACUACACCAGUGAGUACACCUAAGCAGUCAGCUUCAUCAGAAGAACAGAGUAUGGAAGUGGACAGCUGUGAUAAAGGUGCUCUGUCCCAGGUUGAUUUCGACUCUGGUAUAGAGACCAUGGAAGUAGAUGAAGUAGAGCAGAGGCAUGAAGGAAAAAGAAAAAGGGAUGCCAGUUUUGGAUCUGAAGCCACUGAAGAACAGGUGCUGACAUCUAUAGGACGAGUCUUUCAAGUGUCGUGGCGAGAAAAGGAGACGGACACUCUUUAUCUUCCAGAAUUAGCAGAAAGAGAACAAGCAUAUCAAGAUCACAGUGAUCUAAUUAGUCAGAUCGUGGUGGAGGCAUUAGAGCAGAUGACAAUCCAGAAGCAAAAUCCUUUCAGCCAGUUAGCCAAGGAGAGUAAGGAAACCACCAAAGUUCUCUCCGCCUCUCCGAUGAAAUCAUUUGGCUCCAGCCCAUCAAGUGUCAGUCAUCUCCAAUCGAAGCCUAAAAGAGAAUUCCUUGAACAUUGUCGACCCGAGAAAUGUAAAGAAACAGAACUGUUAACUUAUAUAUUUGAUUGUUACGAGAGGGUUGCUAUUGAAGAAAGGAUUUCGCCAAAGAGAGCCAGUAGUCCUCCGUUGAGUCUGACUUUGUCAGAAUCUCGACUGCAGUGUGUUAAUCAUGCCACUCUGGUGCUAAAGGGGGUCUUCACAGAACCAAGGUCCCCUGCCCGGCCAUCACUGCUGCUACCCUUCAUGCUAUCCCAUAAUCUACCGCGAGGUUUCCUCAUGGAACUAAUCAGUGCUACUAGUCCAGAUAACAAGCUUUUUUCUGAUAUCUUCUCCCCCAUACUGCAAGGCCUUUGUCAGAUGGUGCGCCAAAUGUCAUUCGAUUGUGACCACUUCAAGCAGCCCCUCAUUGCCCUGAGUGAGUUAUGUGAAAUAAAGAUGACGGGAUCAAAUCAAAGGCCUAUAUGCAACUUGAUUAUACAGCAACCGAAUUGGCUUCCGAAACCUAUGACCAAGGAUAGUGGCAUGGAAAUACAGAAGCUAUCUUUCUUAGGACCAUUUUUAGCACUAUCCGUCUUCGCAGAAGAUACUACUAAGGUUGUUGAGAAGUUCUUCUCAGGAAAUCAAGUGACAUCAGAAAGCGCCCGUCUCAUUAAUCAGUCGCUGCAUCAUCAGAUGGAUUUUGCUCGGGAUGAGAUGUAUAAGAUCCUGCAUUCAUUGCUGGUCUACAGUGACACACGGCACGAAGCCCUGUCGUUCAUCGCAACUGUGAUCGAAUACAAUGCAAAGAGAGCACAAAUCCAAACUGAUGAAAGGGUUGUGUCCGGUGAGGGUUUCAUGCUAAAUCUGCUAUCUGUGUUACAAAAACUCUCCAUCAAAGUGAGUCUGGAUAAAGUGGACGUUCACUAUCCGCAUCAUCCCAGCUCGAGAGUAAACAUCAAGGAGGAAACAAGACUCAAGUCAAAUACUCAGGAUGUCUCAAAAUGGCUGGAGGAUCUCGAAAAGAACGCUUCGUUUUCUUGGCAAGAGCCUCGCUUCCCGACAGAAUGUUACUUCCUCACUCUCCAUUGCCAUCACUUGUCCAUAAUUCCAAUCAUGCGCAAGUAUCAGCGGCGAUUGCGCGCAAUACGCGACCUAGGUCGCAUGGUCGAGGAACUACAGAAUGCAGAGCCACAGUGGAAGCAUCAUCCGCAGGCAAAUCGGAAUCGGGAAUUAUUAAAACGUUGGAAGUCACAAGUUAAGAGGUUACAAAAAGGCAAACUCUGUGCGGAUGCUGGUCUGAUGCACGAAGCGAUGCUGGGUCGAUGUCUGCAGUUCUAUAGCUCGGUCACACAACUACUGCUCAAGAUCUUAGAUCAGCACCCCUCAGGGAUGAAACUUCCACUCCCCACAGAGAUCACCAUGGUGUUCAGUUCACUUCCAGACUUCUACGUCGAGGAUGUGUGCGACUUCUUAUUAUUCAUACUACAAUUUCUUCCUCAAAUCUUGGACGCUGCCAGCAUGUCUCCGAUUGUCACCUUCAUCUUGACCAUUCUCUGCAACUACCAUUGCCUCGGCAAUCCAUACUUGGUCGCCAAAUUGGUCGAGGUUAUAUUCCAUGUGAACCCUUACGUACAGCCACGUCUGGAGAAACUCAACGAGAUCAUACUUAUGCAUCCCAUUGCGCUGGAUUAUCUGGUGUCUGCCCUUCUCAACUUUUACACAGACAUCGAGACCACUGGUGCCAGCAGCGAGUUCUAUGAUAAGUUUGGUAUCCGCUAUCACAUCAGUCUCAUAUUCAAAGCUCUCUGGGAGAUUCCAGCACAACGAAUGAAGUUCAUACAAGAAGCCAAUUCCUCGAGUAAAGAUUUCAUCAAGUUUGUCAACAUGUUGAUGAACGAUACAACCUUCCUCCUCGACGAGAGCCUCGAUUGUUUGAAACGGAUUCACGAGUUGCAGGAGUUGAUAGAAAACACUGCAGAAUGGAACAAACUCAGCAAGGAGCAGCAGCAGAGUAAACAGAGGCAGCUAUCCAGUGAUGAGCGGCAAGUGCGGUCCUAUCUGACGUUAGCCUCAGAGACAGUGGAAAUGUUUGAUUAUCUCACCGAUUGUAUAAAACGUCCAUUCCUAACUCCAGAGCUUGCUGAUCGCCUGACAGCAAUGUUAAACUUCAACCUGCAGCAGCUAUGUGGUCCAAAAUGUAAAAACCUGAAAGUGAAGAACCCAGACGACUACGGCUGGGAGCCAAAGAAACUCUUGAAUCAGCUCACAAAUAUAUACCUCCACCUGGACUGUGAUGAGUUUGCUUACUCGAUUGCCAAUGACGAGCGAUCCUACAAAAAAGAAUUGUUCGAUGACGCAAUCUCUCGUAUGCUCAAAGCCAACAUUAAGACGCCAAUAGAAAUAGAACAGUUUCGCCACCUACAGGACAAAGUAGAAAAACUUGUCGUUAAGAAGCAGCGAUCAGAAAUCGACUACGAGGAUGCACCUGAUGAAUUCAAAGAUCCUGUAAUGGACACGCUGAUGGCCGACCCCGUCCUCCUACCAACCAGCGGCAAAAUCAUGGAUAGAUCAAAUAUAAUGAGGCAUUUACUUAACUCGCAGACUGAUCCGUUUAAUAGGCAAGACCUCACAGAGGAGCAGCUUGAGCCAUUGCCGGAAUUGAAGGCUAAAAUCCAAGCCUGGAUGAAAGAAAAGGACUCUCAUAUUGACUAAAUCAACUCCACUGGGCUGCCAAGAGCAAUAUUUAUUGAAGAAACAUUCAGAAGAUGUAGAAAUUGUUGAGAAUUAAUGAAGUUUAGAGACAAAAAAAUGACCAGUUAAGAAAGGGGUCCAUUUAACACUUGCUCAAGUUUAAAAAGAAGAUCUGUAAGGUUACCUGUGGUAAAGCUAGCCCUUGAUAUUGUUCUCCGUUCAUAUACUUGAGAAUUGUGUAUAGAAAA